GGCGGGGCCCUGCGAGCCGCGGGCGCCAACUCCGGGGCCUCGAGCGGGGAGGGAAGGGGCUUUCCAGAGACGCGGGGCCGGAGCCGAAGGAGCCGGAGCGCGGCGCAGCGGCGCGGGGCCUCCCGGGCGCGGGGCAGUGCAGCGCCUUGUCUGGAGACGAACUCCGGGACCCUCGGGUCCGGGGGUCUCAGUGACCUGCCCCGCGGGGAGCGCGGCCGCGGACUGGCUUACAGAGGACCCUCCCCCCGAGGGGCCGGCCCGGGGCGGGGAGAUGAACGGCUUUAGCACCGAGGAGGACAGCCGCGAAGGGCCCCCCGCCGCCCCCGCAGCCGCUCCGGGCUACGGCCAGAGCUGCUGCCUCAUCGAGGACGGCGAGCGCUGCGUCCGGCCCGCGGGCAACGCCUCCUUCAGCAAGAGGGUCCAGAAGAGCAUCUCGCAGAAGAAACUCAAGCUGGACAUCGACAAGAGCGUCAGGCACCUGUAUAUCUGCGAUUUCCACAAAAAUUUCAUCCAGAGUGUACGAAAUAAAAGGAAGAGGAAGACAAGUGAUGAUGGCGGAGAUUCUCCUGAGCACGACACUGACAUUCCUGAGGUUGAUCUGUUCCAGCUGCAAGUGAACACUCUACGGCGUUAUAAACGGCACUACAAAUUGCAGACCAGACCAGGCUUCAAUAAGGCCCAGUUAGCAGAAACUGUCAGUCGACAUUUCAGGAACAUACCUGUGAAUGAAAAAGAAACCCUCGCCUACUUCAUCUACAUGGUGAAGAGUAACAAGAGUAGACUGGACCAGAAAUCAGAGGGCGGCAAGCAGCUCGAGUGAGGAUGAAGCAUAUCUUCCAGGAAUGAAGUGUAAUGCUUAAUGCACAGGUGAUAUCUGCUACAUUUAAGCCCAUAAAGAUUUUUAAGUUUUAUUGUAAAUAAAAGUUUGAAUGAUAAAUACUGUAAAUCAUUUUGAUCAGGAGAAUCUUAUUCUCCUGAUUCAGCAUGUGUAUACAAAGACUUUCUUUUAAGGCAACUAUUUGGCUGAUAAAACAAGAUCAUAAAAAGAUUUAAAGAAAAACUGUAUUGCAGCAUUCAAGAAAGCAUUAAGUCAGUUCUGCUGGAAAUGUGGGAUAACAAAUAUUUUGAUAGUCACCUUGUAUUCCCACACUGCCACGUGUGAGAUGUAGCCCUGGAAUAGCAACGGUGUACAGGUGAUGGUGGAGGUGCAUGAGCAGACCCCCGUGUGCUGGGGCUAUAGAUGCCCUGCCUUGCUGCCAGCUUUGUCGUUUAUCAGCAAAUCAGUCUGACCCUGGUCCCCUUCACUGGCCCUGCGCCUUGUAUAGAGUAGGCACUCAAUCAGUAUUUGUUGGCUAAUUGAGCUGUCACUAACAGUGCCAGCCUUGUAACAUCUGCUUCACACCUCUAGUUAAUGAGACCUCUGCCAUUUCUGUGGUUCACCACUUAAAUUCUAGAGUGUGGAGGAAAUCCUGACGCACCAGCAAGAGGUUUCAAAUCACGUGAAGACUUCAGGGCAGUCGCAUGUGCCAAGCUGUAUUUGUGGAGGUUCCAGAAACACGGAUACAGAGACCCUUACAGGAGAUGCAGCCCUUUGCACACCCCUCUGUGCUUCACUCUGAGGGGAAGUUAUAUAUCAUGAGUUCAGCCAUUUUCCUGGGCUAUAAAUGCUUUGGCAAACAGACAUACUUAGUGGUUUGGGGCUCAUAUUUUCACAAGUACUAAUCCAUAGUUCACAAUCACCAAGAAAGCUGCCAAGGUCCAUGUGAUUCCUGCUCAGAAGUCCAGCUCUGGGAUAGAAAGUCUGACUGGUCUUGUCAACCUAGGCUCGGGGAUCAACAGCAAAUCAUGGGUUUGAACAACAAAGGUCAGUGCCAUCCGAUCCUCAUUUUUGUGAGCGAUUUGCCUCCCUUUUAAGGGGAAAGGUUGCUAAAAUGAAUUUUUUUUAAGUAUUAAUAAUUACCUGAUUUUUUUAUGUUCAAAAACUCUGCUUCCUCAAUCUAACUAUAUCACAGCCAAAGUAUCCUUUGAAAACAAAGCUUUAUAUACAAAAGUCUGCUUUUCCAGAAUUUUCUAAUCAGUGUGUUGUGGGGCAGAGGGUGUGUGGGUAGAGAAUGGGAGAAAAAGUGAAGGAAAGGACUUGGAUGCUAAUUUCUGACCAUCUUGACAUAUACUGUGGUCAAAAGUAUCAUUUUCUUACUCAGUUUUAAUUCUGAGUUCUUUCUUAAGCCUUAAAUACUAAAAGGAGCAGUGGACAGCCUGGCCUGGCAGAGAGUUUUAAUGUCUCAUAGAUGGCUUAAUCUGAGCAUUGAUACAGAGAAGUCAGAAUGAAAAUCCGCACUGAGCAGGGUUGUGGAUUCAGUUCUGUGGAGCAGAGUGCCAUGCUUUGUGUAGACUGGGGACAGGGCCACCACUCUUACUAAAACAGUGUUCCAUUGCAGCAGAGCUUUCACCAGUGUUCAAAAUGCAUGUCUAGCAGAUUGCAGCCUUUUUACAUAUGUAUAAAUGAAUGUAUAUAGAACAUACUCUAGACUAUGAGGGGUCUUAUUUUAAUACACCUGACUGUGGGUGGCACAUCAGGGUGCUCUCUGAGUGUUUUAGUCAUUCAGAUCAAGUAUGUAUUUAAAGAUUGUCUCACUACUUAUAGCUGAAGGAUGUUGAUGUUUAGGCAUCUAGAAGGCUCCAAGGUUGUGGCUUAUCUAGGUUUUUGUUCUGAGAGGGUGAAUUAGAAAGGCUUUGAAGGCAUCAGACACCUUCACCAGUCAGGGGGCAUGUUUUCUCACUAGGCUGGGGUGUGGGAGUAGCUGGGGCCUGCAGGUUAAGGCAUUGGUAACCUGCUCUCUGGCAAUGUCCCUACCUUAUUGAGAAAGAAGAUGUAUCUUUCUGAUGUUUAAACCAAAAUAAUGGAUGUGUAGAUCAUGUCACCGUUUCUCUAAUAGCAAAUCUGUUUUCCCAGUUGAGACAGACAGCAGUACAUUUCUGUACAAGAAUAUGUGGUGUUAGGAUCUAUCUGUUCAAGAAUGUCUGUAAGAAUGCUUUUGUUCUAAAGUGAAGCCUGGGGAAACUUUCUACCUUCAGCAUGAUGCUCUGCGCACUUGACUCCCAUGCCAUCUCUCCUCUAAAGAGAGUGAGCUACCUUUGGAAAGUGGAGGUUGUGAGUAUAUUUUCCAUCUUUGAAAACACGUUAAGGUGAGAGAAAAGACAGCUAUCUGAACUUACGUUUUUCCUGUGUGCAGAAAUCUGUUCUUUCAUCAAACCACUAAACCACUUGCCUUAGUCUCUUCUGCAGUUUCCCAUGGCUUGAUCUGUGGGCAGGAGACUUCUGCCUGUUAGAAAUGACUGGGCCUUCCAAAGCAACUGGGUCUGGCUUCAGGGAGCAGUGGGGUUUGGGAAGAGCAGUGUUCAUCCUGGCUGCCUGCAUUUUUACGCCACCUGCCAAGGACUGUUCGCUUCUCUCCACCUGUAAUGUUGCAACAUUGCCUUCUCUCUUCUCGGUGCUCCUGGGCAAAACUGGAAUUUGAAAUAGAACUGGCAUUGCCUUCUUAAAGAGUACGGUUCCUGCCUCAGUUCUGGCUUGGUCUGGUUCUUUCAUAUGCCCUGAAGGAUGUCACAUGGAAAUGUCAAUAUCCUGCCAUUCAUGUUGCUUCAUUUUAAGGUUUUGAAAAAACAAAUGGACAAACUUCUUAUUUCAACAAGCAAACUCUUAGGUUGGCAACAGCACAUGAAAAAGAUCAUAACUGAAUCCCAUGAAAGACUGAAACCAAAGGAGUCAAGACCAGUGUGGUAAAAUGAAGAAGAGUUUCACUUAUAUGUUACAGCCGCCAAGUCAUUAGAUGCUCCUGUCAGAGCUAAAUGUUCACUACUAGCCGUCCAGGGAACGGAUACUAAUUGUUGUUUGCAACUGGAAUGUUGCAUCUAACCUUGGCAUUUCAGCUCUUUAUUUUGUGGGAACUUUUUUGUUAACAUUCUAUAGGACAACUGCCUGCCUGGUGGGAAGGAGGUGAGAGAGGAAGCUUACUCUGGGGACCUUGCCUGCUGAAACAGGCUGUCCCAGCACAGAGUCAUUGCUUCAUGGAAAUCAUCUGAAGUCUCUCAGUCAUUUCAGUGACAAGAGUUGGGAAAGGCCCUUUAAAUCAUCCAGUCUCCCUACAGGUGCUGACAUUCUUCCUAUAACCAUUCUCCCAAGGGUUUAAGUAGUCUGGGCUUAAACACCUCUGAGGACAGAGAACUCACUACCUCCUAGGGGUAUCUGGUUCUAUCUUGGUAAACCUCUGGCAUUUCUAUGUUCUCUGUAACUUCCAUCCCAGUCUUCGCCCAGUGGGGGCCACAAGCUGUUCAUCUCGGCCAAGGACCUAGUUUCUGGCAGUGUCCCAGGGCAUAGCAGUUGUCUUUUGAAAAAGAAAAGCUAGAAAAUAGACACUUUGGUGUCCUGAUUGUCCGCCUCCCCGCCCCACCCCGCCCCUCGGCCCCUGACCUCCUGAGUAUUGGUGCAUUUAGUUUCUUGUUGGAGAAUGUUGAGAAACCCAUCAGCCUGGUUGUUCUUGCUGAGGAUGAUGGAGGUGGCCAAGGGAGGCAGGGCUGCUCUUGGCCUGCUUUAAAAAAAAAACCUAAGACAGGAGGCCUUAGUUCUGUGCUUGUCCCACAAAAACUAAUGCCCGGUAUCACUUGGAAAAGCUUUAGCUAGAAAAUUCUAAAAUAUUGCUCUGUGUGGAGUUUAAAGUUUCCGUGGCUGCUGAGGGCUUAUACCUUAAGAUUCCUGCGAGUACUUCACAUACUCUUUUUACUGAGAAAACUUAAGAACUUGGGAGAGUAGGGAAAACACAUGUCUUGGUGUCAGAGAAGUGCCAUAUUUUCAUGCUGGAAAGUCCUAUAAAGUUGCUGUUGCCCAAUUCAUUUUUAGAGAUAGGGGAACUAAAAUUCGAAUGACUUGCCUGAGUCACACAGUAUUACCUGGACUAACCUCUCGCCCUGGUGAGCUGUCCUCAGGUUCUUGAGACCUUGCAACUGACCAGAGGUUCCCAAGACUAACCUGCAGAAUUCAAGGUUGAGUGAAUGAUUAGGAAAGCAGUCAGUUGAAUUUUGCAAUACAAAUGGAAGAGGUGAACAGAACUAGCCUACAAUUUAAGACCAGGGUUCAAAAGUCCUGGUGGGAGAUGUAGUGCUGUCCUAGAAUCUAAAUUCUCACGAAGUGGCUUUGCUCUGUGGUCUGUUGGUCAGAUUUCUGCCUUUCAGGUGGUUCUAGGAGCUCAUGUAAUUCAGUUGGCCCUGACUCAGACAGACUCAGCACUGUGGCCUUGUGAUUUGCAGCCUCCCAACCCGUUACUGAGCUAGGCAGUUGAACUAAAGAACAGGUGAGCUCAAGAUCAUGCCCUGGGAAGCAUGGUGCUUUAGGGGUGCCUUUUUAUUCCUUUCAUUUUAUUACAGACUGUUUCCAAGUUUACGGUUAGGAAGGGUAAAGGUGAUCUGAUGUUUUCAGGUGGAAUCCAGACUGGGGCAAAGUGGGACCUUUUCUUAAGGUAGAAAUGUCUACAUUGAGUUAUUUCAUCUAGCUUGCAUCUUAAAAUACAAACGCUUUGGUUGCUUCCACUUAAUGAACACAUCUUUGCCAAUGACAGGGUUAAACAGGAUCCCUGUUUUACAUUUCUGUUAUCCAUUACGCCCAUCAGAGUGUUUUGAGGGUGUGGAUUUGCUGUUUUUUGUUUUUCGUUUUUCUUUUUUUUCUCAUUUUGUAACUGCCUUAUUGAAAAGCAAGUGCCCUUCCAUUCCAGGCCUCCUCAUAUUGUACAUGUUUCCUGCCAAACUUGGGGGAUCAUUUGUAUUUUAAUUUUGUAAUCUAUGGCUCUGUACUGUUGAAAGGCUCUCAAUUCUUUGGGGUCUCCUUAGUAAUGUAUGUGACUUUUCAUGUUGCAAUAUCACACAGAUGGGACGGCCCAACUUUUGCUCUUAAUAAACGAUCUGAAUGAGUAACAAGAGA